UACGUCGUUUCUCGUUUGGCCCUAAAUGGCCCUUCUUCUUUCUCCUCCUCUUCUGUAAGGGCCCACUUCGAGAAAAUGAUUAGAGAAGCUCAGGACCCCGUCUCCACCGCCCUUGAGGCCGCCGACGACGGGACCAACUUGAAGGAGGACGUUUGGUCCAGGCCCGGCUGCGGUGGCGGCAUCAGCAGGAUUCUCCAAGACGGGGCCAUUUGGGAGAAGGCUGGAGUUAAUGUCUCCGUUGUUUAUAGCAUCAUGCCGCCAGAAGCUUACGGCGCUACAAAAGCUGCCGCUUCUUCUGACCAGAAGCCUGGUCCUUUUCCGUUCUUCACUGCUGGAAUCAGCUCCGUUUUGCAUUCGAAGAACCCAUUUGCCCCAACCUUGCAGAUUAUGAUUUUCCAUCCUUAUUUCGGAUAUCUGCAUAAAUUUGCUGCUACUGACUGUGUAACCCUGUUGCAUUCUAUAGAUGCUCCCGGAGCACCUAGGCAGUGGUGGUUUGGCGGGGGGACUGACUUGACUCCUGCUUACAUUUUCGAGGAGGAUGUUAAACACUUCCAUAAUAGAUUUGAAGUGUGGGAUGGGAUUACUUGA